AUGGCUUCCAUCGGUCAGCCACCAGGUAGUUCAGGGCAGUCUGAGAUGCGAUGCUCGCAGAGGAGUGGAAGCACCGCCACGGCUGGCAACAUUCCUCGACAAAGGGCGGCGAGGACCUUGCCAGCCUGGAUUGCCUCCUAUGAGGCUGAGGAUGAAGACGAGGAGCGACACCUCCUUAACCCACCCCCACCGCUGCGAACUUCGCAUCACAACUCGAACCCGACGGAUCCAGAGCGACGUCUUUCCAAGGACGGCCGAAAGUGGGAUCACCUACGAUCAGCCGAGCCCGUCAUCGUAUCACGCUACGCCCCGAGAACCGAGUACCGCACUGAAUGGUCCGACUUCUUCCACUCCUCCCGAAGACCUCCUCCUCCCAACGAAGUAUCCGCCGUUGUCGACUUUGAGACGCUGGACAAACUACAGCCCAACUUCAACCAGAGAAUCGAUAUGAUCAUCCGUCAUUCGCUUGUACCCCUCGCUUCACGACUUGCUGUUAUGCUUACUUCUAUCGUUGGUAUCGCUAUCACGGGAAGCAUGAUUCGGCUGUUGCGCGAUGACCCCGACAAGGCUACCGAAAGUGGCCAGGCCAUAGCCGCAGCCGCUGUCGAUUCUGUCGCUAUCCCGUAUAUCGCGUUUAUGAUCAAGGAUGAAUAUACCGGGAAACCGCUUGGCUUGCGUCCACCGGCUGCUAAAAUUGGUCUCAUCCUCCUCGACCUUGUUUUUAUCGUCUUUAAAUCGGCGAGCACAGCACUUGCCUUUGAGGUCUUGAUACACCACAACAUCCGGGACGCGGAUAAAAGGAUGAGGUCUCUGUCCCAAGCGCUAACAGCGUUUAUGCUUCUCGGCCUCUUGGCGUGGGUCAUCACCUUUAUAAUAAAUAUCUUCCGCGCAGUUGAGCGCCUGGGCGGCGGUGAGAAUGAAAACAGUCGUGCCUAA